AUGACCCAUUUCGGGUUUCAUGGAAACGGGUUCAAGAACUUGCCGAAUGAUGGAGCUGCUAGCAACAUUAUGCGUGGGUCUCAGAACGACAAGGUUCCAGCUUGUCGUCAUGUUUGGACCUAUGUUCCUCCAAGUAGGAGAGAACGAUCAGGGAGCCGACUGAUCGACUCCAAUUUAGCUUGGUGGCUGAGAUCUGGACGAGGAGAGUCACGUCUUCGGGAUAUGCUCAUCAUUAUAUGUAACGCAGGGGCUUAUCCGUUUGGCAGUGACGCAGGAGAUUGGAAGAGUUGUAAUAGAACUCCUGGGUUGAGUAUCCAUAUACAGUGUUCUGGAACCGUCGGUGUUCAAUGCGCCCCAUUGUGCCGCAAGCAGUAUAUGCGAUGUAUUGCCGUUGACAUAUGUUAUAUGAAGAUGUACCGAAGUCUGCUGUCGGUUUCCUCCUCUGACUCGUCACUUGGCAUCUGCACGAAGUGCCCAAGUAUAGCCUUCUUGAUGAGGCAGACAGUUCGGCGAUGGUCUAACUUCUGCCAAAACGAGAAGCUUCUCUGGGGUCUUGCGCUUUUGCUAGUCUUGCAAGACAUGUUCCAUAGACUUGGUGGUAUUCCUAGACGUGUCGCGAUAUCGAUUUACGAUGUGGAGAACAACCAGUUGGCUCACUAG